AUGUAUCAAGAUGAUGGAUCAUCCUCUGCCACAUCAUCGCCACUCCAAUUCUUUUCCAUGGCGCAACUCUCGCCAAAUCCUUCCAAUCUCGGCUCGCCUUAUCCAUACCUCAGAGAGCUGAAAUCCGAAGAGAGGGGUUUAUACUUGAUCCAUUUGCUGCUCACUUGUGCAAAUCACGUAGCAACAGGCAGCCUGGAGAGCGCCGAGGUAGCACUCGGCCAGAUCUCUCAAUUAUCGGCACCGGACGGCGACACCAUGCAGCGCAUUGCAGCUUACUUCACCGAAGCUCUCGCCGAGAGGAUCAUCAAAGCUUGGCCUGGAGUUCACAGGGCACUCAAUGCUACCAAAAUCAAAAUCCCUUCAGAGGAAACGAUGGUCAGGAGUCUCUUCUACGAGAUGUUCCCGUUCUUGAAGGUCGCGUUCGUGGUUACUAACCAGGCAAUUCUGGAGGCUAUGGAAGGUGAGAAAAUGGUGCAUGUCAUCGAUCUCAAUGCGUCCGAGCCUUCGCAGUGGAUUGCGCUCCUUCAAGCUUUGAGUGGGCGGGCUGAAGGUCCUCCGCAUUUGAGGAUUACAGGGAUUCAUCAGCAGAGAGAGGUACUGGAUCGAAUGAGUCACAAGCUGGUUGAGGAAGCAGAGAGAUUGGACAUUCCAUUCCAGUUCAACCCCAUUGUUGUUAGUGGCGGGUUGGAGAAUCUCGAUCCGGAGAAGCUUCGUGUGAAAACAGGGGAGGCUCUGGCGAUAAGCUCUGUUCUCCAGCUGCAUCCUUUCCUUGCCUCCCACAAGAACCCGAAUUCGAGGUUGCUUCAGAGGCAAGGCACGUUGGGGGAGCUGGGGAAGAUGGAUUGGUUUCUGAACGUGCUGUGGGGUUUAUCGCCUAAGGUUAUGGUGGUGACAGAGCAAGACUCGAACCAUAACGGAGCCACGCUCAUGGAGAGGCUUCUCGAGGCACUGUAUUCUUAUGCAGCUUUGUUUGAUUGCUUGGAAUCAACGGUGCCAAGGAGCUCGAUCGAGAGGCUGAAGGUGGAGAAGAUGAUGUUUGGCGAGGAGAUCAAGAACAUUGUGGCAUGUGAAGGAGGGGAGAGGAAGGAAAGGCACGAGAAGCUCGAGAAGUGGAUUCAUAGGAUUGAGAUGGCUGGUUUUGUUAAUCUUGGUUUGAGCUAUUAUGGGAUGUUGCAGGGUAAGGGUUUGCUGGAGAGCUAUGGAUGUGAUGGGUAUAGGAUGAAGGAAGAGAAUGGCUGUGCUGUGAUUUGUUGGCAAGAUAGGCCGCUUUACUCUGUCUCUUCAUGGAGGUGUAGGAAGUAG